UUCCGAUCUGUCGAUCAGGUCGCGCAAAUUUCAUCGUCUUCCUCCUUCCUCCUUCUGAAUAUUUCGAUACUUUCGCUUUGCAUGCGAUCGGGAGAGUUCGGAAAACUGGGAUCGGCGGCGGAUUAGGGCUUUGUGCCAUUUGUUUCGAAGAGCAUCGACCAUGCCUUCGGUGCUCGGAGAAACCCUCCACCCGCGAUCAGCUUUCUACUCUUCUUCGUUUCCGCUUACCUCCUAUAGCAAAUCCAAUUCCAGCCGUUUUAAACAAACGCGUAAUAAGUGGAAUCGUCGCAGUAAUCUUAGCUAACAUUUGCUUCCCGAGGGGUGUUAAAAUCUCACCCCGGUUGCGAACACAUUAGGUUUUCUUCUCCAUUCGAUUUUCUUCUCCUGCUCCCUCUUUUCUUGUUUCCUCAUUCAUCGACACGUGCUUCGAGUUGCCUAGGGAUCUUAAAGUUUGGGUUUUGCUGUUCUUGGUGCGGACGCGUAAAGAAACUUGAUAGAGCGUUCAAGCGACUGGCCAGCUGUUUGUCUUGCAAAAAGAUAACUUCUAGGGAUUCUGAGACUGAUCCAUUCUUUUGCAGUCCUGACUUCAUGGAAUCUUCAGUGAAGCAUGAACGCAGUACUCCUACCGUCGUGGAAAAUAUUUUGAAGAAUGUAGCCUUGGAGGAUCUUGACAUUUUGUCUAUUAAUGAGAAGGAUGAACUGAUAAUUGGAGAACUUGGACAGUUUUUUAAUGGAAUCCUUCAUGUUGGCGAUUCUUAUAAGGAAGAUAGUGAUAGUGACCUUGAUACAGAUCAGGAUGAAACUUAUGCUGUCAAUCAGGUUGACAUAACUCCAAUGGAUGACAAUAAAUUGGAGGAUUUUAACAAGCAUGCUUCUGGACACUUGAUGGAAUAUUUGCAAUCACCUCCUUCCCAGGACACAAGAGAACCACUGAGUAUAACAAGAGAUGUUGAGAACGCUGAAAACCCUUCUACUACACCAAAGCUUAUCUCAGCCUUGAAAGGAAGCCGUGCUCAAAUAGGCAUGCAGCCGAAUACCAAAUUGACUGUCAAGUGGGCACCAGAUGUCUAUGACCCACGGGUUACAUCUGACUGCCACACUGUGAAGGGGCACCAUCGACGUUACAAGAUCAUAAAGAAAGAACCCCGGAAACAAAAACAUAGUAAAAACAAGUCCUACAAAAUCAGCAGCCACGACAGGAAAUCUCUCUCUCAGAAAGGCAUGGAUAACAUUGACUCCGGGAUGAUGAUGUUAGCAGCACUUCGUAAAAGAAGUGCUUACAAGUCGAAUGCAGAAAUCCCGGGCUACACUGGUUUGACAGAUGUGAAAUGUUGAAAUAGUGUCUAUGGCGAUUCUCAGUUGCCAAGGCUAGCUAAGUACCAUGAAAGGAGCAACUACAAGAAAUUUCUACUACUCGGUUGUUGCCAUGCAGUUUUAGCUUUUGCCAAUGAUUGUUUCUGAACCUUUUGUUAUUGAUUAUUCUACUACGGUCGAUUGUGUGAGUGGCCCUUCAACUUCUACUUCAUCUUGUCUUUUUCUCACUGUCUGGUCGUGCGAUGAGGAACUAAAGUGGUAAAUUCUGUAAUGGAAUGUUAAUUUAGUGGGUAACUAGUAUCCAAAUUCUACUUUUUAAUAAAUUCAUGACUCUUGUUUAAA